UUCGGCCAGAUAUUCAGGCCAGACAACUUCGUGUUCGGUCAGAGCGGAGCAGGAAACAACUGGGCAAAGGGCCAUUAUACGGAAGGUGCUGAAUUAGUCGAUUCCGUGUUAGAUGUUGUAAGAAAGGAGGCAGAAAGCUGUGAUUGUCUCCAGGGCUUUCAGCUUACUCACUCCCUCGGUGGUGGUACAGGCUCUGGCAUGGGUACCCUCCUCAUCAGCAAAAUUCGUGAAGAGUACCCAGACCGAAUUAUGAAUACUUUCAGUGUUGUACCUUCCCCUAAAGUAUCAGAUACUGUAGUAGAGCCCUACAAUGCCACGCUCUCGGUGCACCAGCUUGUGGAGAACACAGAUGAAACAUACUGUAUUGAUAAUGAAGCCCUCUACGACAUAUGCUUCAGAACACUGAAGUUAACUACUCCAACAUACGGUGAUCUGAACCAUUUAGUGUCAGCAACCAUGAGCGGUGUUACCACCUGCCUGCGAUUCCCAGGCCAGCUUAAUGCUGACCUGCGGAAGCUGGCAGUGAACAUGGUUCCCUUCCCCCGUUUGCACUUUUUCAUGCCUGGUUUUGCCCCGCUCACGAGCCGUGGGAGCCAGCAGUACCGUGCUUUAACUGUGCCAGAGCUAACACAGCAGAUGUUUGAUGCAAAGAAUAUGAUGGCUGCGUGUGACCCGCGUCAUGGCCGCUAUCUGACCGUAGCUGCUGUUUUUAGAGGCCGUAUGUCAAUGAAAGAGGUCGAUGAGCAAAUGCUGAACGUUCAGAACAAAAACAGCAGCUAUUUUGUUGAAUGGAUUCCUAAUAACGUUAAAACGGCGGUCUGUGACAUUCCACCUCGUGGCCUGAAAAUGUCUGCCACCUUCAUUGGUAACAGCACAGCCAUCCAGGAGCUGUUCAAACGCAUUUCUGAGCAGUUCACUGCCAUGUUCCGCCGAAAGGCUUUCCUGCACUGGUACACUGGCGAGGGCAUGGACGAGAUGGAGUUCACAGAGGCCGAGAGCAACAUGAACGACCUGGUGUCUGAGUAUCAGCAGUACCAGGAUGCUACAGCUGAGGAGGAGGGGGAGUUUGAGGAGGAGGCUGAGGAAGAGGCAGAGUAAAAGCUAUGCAGAUGAACACCUGUAAAUUUUGUUUAAAGCUGUAUGAACUCUUUCAUUCAAAACUUCUCUGUCUGUGUUGUGUUCCUCUUCCUGUCUCAAAGUCACUUCAAAUGCUGUACAGGCACCAUUAAAGCAUUUUUCACAGUGCA